AUUAUUGUGUAAGUACCCUGGCCUUCCUCCAGCCGACGAAAUGCCGACGUCUCCCGUUAAAACGCGGAUCCCCCUCACCAGCUUCGGUCAUCUCAUAACAGAGGUGAAGAGACAGCUGUUUGGUAUUGAGGCACCAGCUUCUGUGGAACUGACUGGUUGGAGGAAAUACUUUAACAGCUACACUCUGCAGGGGCGUCGAAAUUGUGUCUUGGCUACCUAUGGAAUCUUGGUUGUGACUGCAGCUGCCUACUUCAUGCACAGGCAAAACAAAGAAGAAACGUCCACCUCCACGGCCUGAAAGAUCAGAAAUCUCAAAGUGGACAUUAUGUAUGAUGUGAAGAAACAGAAGGAAAUGAUGUGACACGACCUCUGUGUACUGUUGUACCGUUUGUUAAUAAAGACUAUGUAAAUGCUGGUUACCAUAACA